AUGUACCGCAGUACACGAAAACAUACACGCAUAUUCCAACCGCACUUAACAGCUUGUAAAAAUAAAAAUAGUGAAUUAAUCAGUGAUAGAAAAGAUGUUUUAAAUAUUUGGAAAAACCAUUUCAGCGAUCUGUUGAAUAGCAAUGAAGUCGAAGCCCCUAGUGAUACAUUAUGGACAGUAGAAAAUAUGCUAGAGGAACCUAUACUUGAGGACACGAAACGAGCAAUAGAGAAGUUAAAAAGCUUUAAAUCGUGUGGAGAAGAUUCUAUAAACGUUGAGCUGAUCAAAUACGCCCGAGAAGAGCUUCACAAGCAGAUACAUGAAUUGCCAGAAAUGCCAGAAAUGCCAGAAGAAUGGUAUACAAGCUUAAUAGUUCCUAUCUAUAAAAAAGGCGACAAAACGAACUGUGCUAACUACAGAGACAAAUUUGGAACCAAAUCUGGCGUACGUCAAGGUGAUUCUCUAUCGAUGCUCCUGUUCAAUCUGACUCUACAUGCAGUUAUCAACAAAAUAGAUGAAGAUGGUACAAUAUUUUAUAAAUUUACACAAAUAAGUGCCUAUGCUGACGAAGUCGUCAUUAUUGCAAGAAACAAGGAAUAUCUUCAAAGGGUUAUCAUACAACUAGACCAAGCUACAAAACAAACAGGCCUCAGAAUAAACGAAGAAAGGACUAAAUACAUGACAAGAUUUUCCCAAGAUGGUCACAUCAGAAUAGGCAGUUACAAUUUCGAGUCUAUAAACGAGUUUAAAUAUCUAGGCGUAGUUCUCAGCACAAGUAAAGAUGCGACUUUUGCAUUACAAGAUCGUAUUCAAACAGCUAACAUAGCAUAUUUUGCCCACAUGAAGCUUAUGAAGUCAACGUUACUAUCAAAGGAAUAA